UCCUCUUAUCCUUUUUUUCUUUCUUAGUUAGAUAAUGACAGUGGAAUGGAAGAGAUAACAGAGUUAUGCUGAAAUAACUCAACCAACUUUAAUAGUAAUUAAGUUGAGAUAAUUCGUGAUUCGAUCCAUUUGCCAAAUAUAGCGAGGGAGAGAGAUUUAUGGAGAAGUAUUUGUACAUGAGAAUGAUGAGAAGAUAUGUGAGUACUCAAUACUCUCACACAAUGAGCUUCCAAAGUUUAUCUCUUCUUCUCUUCGUCACUCUCCUUGCCUCUCCUGCAUUUGCUCUUAAAAAGUCGUACAUAGUGUACUUGGGAUCUCACGCCUAUCCUACUCAACUCUCUUCAGUCCAUCUUGAUGGUGUUGCUCACUCACAUCGCACUUUUCUCGCAUCUUUCGUGGGAAGCCAUCAAAAUGCACAAGAAGCAAUCUUUUACUCAUACAAGAGACAUAUCAAUGGCUUCGCCGCAGUUCUUGACGAAACUGAAGCUGCAGAAAUCGCCAAGCACCCUGAUGUAGUCUCUGUAUUCUUAAACAAAGGAAGAAAACUGCAUACCACUCACUCAUGGAAGUUCAUGCUCCUUGAGAAAAAUGGUGUUGUUCACAAGUCUUCACUGUGGAAUAAAGCAGGAUAUGGAGAGGACACAAUCAUCGCUAACUUGGACACAGGUGUGUGGCCUGAAUCAAAAAGCUUCAGCGAUGAAGGGUAUGGAGCUGUUCCGGCUAGGUGGAAAGGCAAAUGCCAUAGGGAUGUUCCUUGUAACAGGAAGCUCAUCGGGGCAAGGUACUUUAACAAAGGUUACUUAGCCUACACAGGCCUUCCCUCANAGCCACAAGCCCUACGGACUUAG